AUGGCAUCGCCAGCUCAAGCGCAGGCUCCGGCCUCGACAUCGAAUCAACCUCUCACACCGCCAGCCGAACCCUCAUCAACAAAUAACACAGCCAACGCCAGCGCCUCCUCGCAACCACCUCACCCUACGGGAACCUCCACCACCACCGCACCCAACACAGCCAUGCCCUCCACAACUCCUCAGCCCACCCAGAUCCCAUCAACGUCACUCACAGACAGCGGUAAAUCACGGCGCCCACGCGACGUCCGCCUAAUCCACAUGCUCCUCGCCUCCCUCGGCGUAACCGCAUACCAGGAACGGGUCCCGCUCCAACUCCUCGAUUUCGCGUACCGCUACACCUCAGGCGUUCUCCAGGACGCGGUCCACCUCGCGACGGAGGGCUACGCAGGCGCCACAGAUGCAGGGCCAAGCAGCAGUCGCGGCCCCGUGGAAGUCAACAGCGUGACGCUCCCUGCGCUACGGCUGAGCAUCGCGUCGCGCCUCCAUUACCAGUUCCAGACGGGGCUGCAGAAGGAGUUUCUGAUGGAUGUUGCGUCUGAGCGGAAUCGCGUGGCGUUGCCGGGUGCGUCGAGGGGGUUUGACACUGCGGGCCAGACGAAGAGUGUGUCUGCGGCCAAUCAGAGUGUUAUCAUGGGGGGAAUGCGGUUGCCGCCGGAGCGGUUCUGCCUGACUGGCACGGGGUGGAAUAUGAAGGAUGAGUGGGAGAGUGAAGGAGAGGAGGAGGUCGAGGAUGCGGCGGCGCAGGCGGGCGUCGGUCAGGAUCAAGAGAGGAACGCUGGUGGUGGGUUGGCGGGUGUCAAGGAGGAGGGGGAUGAGGAUAUGGGCGAGGGUGACGAUGAGGAUGGCAAGAUGGAGGAUAUAUUUGGGGAGGAUACGGCCAUGGGGGACGGUGAAGGAGAUGAGGACAAGGCUAUGACGGAUGUUUAG